CGCUCAUUAACUCUUUUUAGAGACCUCUCUACAGCGUGCAACGACUUCUACAGCUAUGCGUGCGCAUCUGCGAAACCGAAUAACCCACGGGAGCACGCUUUGGAGGAGUUCAAUCAGAUGCUGGACGAAGAAGUGAAACUUCUUCCUGCAAAUUUGAAUCAAAUGUUUGCCAAUCUCGAGACGACAUUGCCGACGAUAGACGAGGAGUCGUUCCGCUCCCAGCUGGCGAAAAGGUGUGAAAAUGUGACGUUCGUCGAAGACUACUUCCGAGCCGCGAUUGAGGAGAUUGGAGAGGCUUCCUCUAUCGGGCAAUCAAGUUGCUCUGAGAUGGUGAACACCAUCGCUGAAAUUGUGCUAGACGAUCACAGA